AUGUUUGUUGACUUAUCCUAUCCAGCCUCUCCGCCCACCGCCGGACCGAAGUCCAGUCCAGCCCCCGCCUCGCGGCACUUCUCACACUACGAGAGUGUACUCGCGCUGUAUGAUAGCUUUGUCUCAGAUGUUGAGUUGCAGGCUGAGAAAUGCGGAUAUGACAAAUUCCUGAACGAGGCCCUGACCUUGUCACCUCCCAAGGGUGUCAAGUUCCCAUCGGUGCCAAAUCCCAAACGAGAGGGUUGCGUUGUCGAGGAUGAGAUCGCAUGCGCGCCUAUACCUGGGGGAUGCAGCGCUGGAUGA